AUGAAGCUGCUGCGGGUGCUCCUGUGCCUGCUGCACCUGGCAAUGCCUGAGGAGGCUUCCAAGGAGGGAUUGUGCGCGUCUGGCGCUUGUGAUUUGCCGCAGGCUGCGGAUGAAUUUGCCGCCAUCCAAGUGAAGAAAGUUGCCGAAAGUCAAGCUGAUCCCAAGAAGAGGAAUCUCAAUCGGACAGAGAAUGGCAACUCCCCUGGACUUGUCACAGGUUGCAUCAGCGGCCUGUCAUGUGGAGACACGGAUGUAGCCGCUACAUCAGUUCGUGUUGUCAGCAACACGGCCGGAUACGGUCUUGGGGAGUAUUUGGGCAACACCGGCUCAGAAAUUAAUCUUUGGAGCGUGAGUGCAACAUGUGAAAUUGAGAGCUUCUUUUUUUUUAACGUGGGAGCUUUUGCCCCGGCGGACGGGAGCAUGAGUCUCUUCGAUGGAGGCUCCUCCGGUGUUCGAUGUGCUGCGCUUUCUACAAACUCAACCCGAGUUGUGCCUGUAUGCUCGUGUGAGACAAAGUUGACAUUCAAGUACAACAAUCCUUGA